UACCAAACAAAAUUUAACAUUUUUAGAUUUUUGGAAAAGAAAUUUUGACUAUGGAUAAUAUCGAAAUAACUAAUCCCAUUAUUAGUCAGCCGGAGAAUUUGUCUUCUGAUGAAUUUAAAGCCUUGUUGACCGAUUGGUACGAAGAAAAAGGCAUUUUAUCCCAAUUGAGGGCGCAACUCAGGUUUAAAAUGAUUAAUGUCCUUAAAAAUACAGCAAUAGGCAGGGAAAUAACUAAAAAAACGUCCCAAACGUCAAUGUGCCUGUCGAAACAUGCCGUUAAUUUGAUAGUGGCAGAAUUUUUAAUGAAAAACAACUACGAAUAUUCACUUUCAAUUUUCAACACUGAAGCAGGCCUGUGCAACAUGUAUACGAACAAUUUAGUAAAUCAGAGCGAAAAGAAUUUGCUUCAAUUUGAUUUGGACAAUUUGAUUAAUAUAUUAGAGCUCGUCGGUAUUAAUAAAAUGUCCGAAUUAUUUUCAAAUAUCCUCGACAGAUUUUGCAGUAACGAAGAAAAUGUUUCGGUUCUUGCAUGUUUGAUAAACAUGUUGAGUCACCUAUCAAUGGACUCGGAAGUGGACCCCCCUGACUUAAAGCAAAAAAUGUUUGCAGAUUUGACAUGCGAACCAGAAUUUAUCAAGCAAGUAGGUAGAGUUUUAAUUGAUUCUCAUCGAUCAGUCGAUGAUAUAGGAAUGACUAUUGAGAAUCUUAAAUGUUUACACAAUAGCGAAUUAAAGAAAUUGGAAGACAGCUACAAUAAAACUAUAAACAAAUUGAGGAUAACGUUAAAAAUUAAAAACAAGCAUAUUCUACAUAUAGAUAAAAAGAAAAGAGUGACGGAAAUAAAAUUAUUUAAAAUCGUAGGUGAAUAUAAUGCACUAAAACAUCAAAUGAAAGGAUUGGUAAAAGAUAAACUGUUAAAGGAACAGGAGAUCAAGAAUUUAAAAAAUAGUAGAGAGAAUAAAUGUGAUUUAGAAUUAGAAAAUAACAAAGAAAACAACUUUAGCUGUAAGCUUGACCAUUGCGAUAACGCAUGCAGCAAUAACAAGCAAUUAAUUAUAGAGCUUCAGAAGGAUAAUCAGGAGCUUAGCAAAAGAAACGUCGAACAGCGAGAAGAAUUCACCGAAUUACAAAAGAAAUACACAGAACUUCUGAAUAAUUUUCAUUUUUUGCAAAAAAAGUUCAACUUGCUGAAUAAGGAAGUUGGUGAAAAUGAUGGAAAAUCAUCCACUAAUUUAGAAUUGAACGACCAAAGUCAUUAUGAAAACUCUGAUAGUGCAGAUAGUUUGACUGAUGAAGUAAUUCGACAAGCUUGGCUUAAAUUGGAAAAACUUGAAAAAGAAAGCAAAGAAAUUGAAGAGCAAUAUAAAUUAUAGUUUUAUAAUUGUUUGCAGAUUUAAGUGCCUUCGUAUUAAAACAUUCUGUAUUAUGUAA